AUGAGAUAUGUCCUCUUUUCUUUGAGCGCGUUGGUCUUCUAUGCCAUAUUUUAUUUCGCGUCGAUCAACGGCCUCGAUGUGUUAGGUCGCAAAUGCAUUGAAUCCGGCCAGCUCCCGAGCAUUGAUGCACCUUUGCGCACAACCUACACGGGCAUCGAGGGAGUCGAUCGCGUACUAUCCCUUUUGACCGUAUUCUUCUACCCGACUCUCGAUGGCCACAACCCUGGGCUGCUGCUUCACGGAGUUGCAUUUAGUGGUACAUUCGGCGCAAGCUGGACCCUGAUUGUCUUGGAAUCUUGGAGAAAGGGAAAUGCGGGGACAAUAGCCGCUUAUCCGACGAUAUUUGGCCUCAUUGCUCAAGUAUUGACUUUUGCCUUUGGCAUCCCACUGGCAUGCGGUCUUCAGCUAGGCUGCUCAGUCACUGCGCGCCGUCCUCACGCCGAUAAUAUCCGUAUUCCGCGAUCAGUUCUCGCAGUUUUGCCAUUGAUCAUUGUCGUCGGAUACAUGGUGCCGACCGCGGCGAUGGCGCUGCCCGCUCCAUCUGUGAUUUCCGUGGACCUGAAGCAGAUCGCGAUUGCCAUCUGGCAUCCCUGGCCCGCGUACGUGUCUAUUUUGACCACGGUUGCCUACUUUGCUCUAUCUCCUUUCUUCUCGAACAACCACCGGGCAUCUAUGUCUAGCUUGCGCUGGGUCUAUGCUUUUGCGUUUGCCAAUGCAUCUCUGUCGCACAUUGUGUCAUGGGUUGUCUCUUUGGCAACCGUUGUAGUGCCAGUUCUGUUUGAAGACCGUUACCUGGACUCCCUCCACCCGUCGCAUGUUUUUUCGGUUCCUCUCCCUUGGUCUGGCUUGACGGUUGAUAAUGUUGGUGACGGUGUUCAUGUCUUUCUCCGAUGGGACUAUAUGAUUGGGUCUGCAGGUGUUUUGAUUUGGGCUACCUCGCUGUACACCAUUGCUCACAAGCAACUCCUGAGCACUGUUUCUUGGCCCAAUCUUUUACUCAAAAUUGCGCUGUUGACUGUUCUUGCCGGUCCUGCAGGUGCUGCAGUGGAAUUGAUCUGGGAGAGAGAUGAGCUAGUGUUUAGCGAGACCGGCGGUAGUAAGCAGCAGGUUUCGAAGGCCAAGAAGUCCACUUGA